GCGAAGGUAACAGGUUGCGGUGGGGCGCGGAGGUGAGGAGCGUUCGCGGCGGGGAGCGGCCUGGGCACGGAGCCUGGAGUGCUUUUAACCCCCAAGGAUGGAGCGGCACGUGAACGGAGCUAUGGCCGAGAAGCCAAACCCCGUGGACUACGGGGUUCAGAUCAGAUUCAUAGAUGACCUGAAGGAAAUGAAGAAGUCACAAAAGAUCAGGCCCAAGCAUUCCAAGCCAGGCUCCUACGGGGUCGCGGUGAGGGUCCAGGGCAUCGACGGGCAGCCCUUUGUGGUCCUGAACAGCGGGGCAAAAGGAGAGGACUCCUUCGGGGUGCAGAUCAAAAGUGAGAGUAAAUACGGGAACCCUGCUCACAGCCAGUGGCCUGAGCAGCUGCCCCCUAACUCCCUCAGGGAAGGCCUGGGCUCCAUCAGCUCUGAUUCUGACCUGCCGGAAAGCCGGUACGUGGCCAGACAUUCCCAGUAUAACUCCCAGUACAGCACCUCUGACGAGGAGCUGAGCUCCCAGGGCUACCCGAGGGAGACCAGGCCUGUCAGCGCUGAGGCAGCUCGUUCCUACCGCAGGGAUGGCUCCUCGUCCCCUCAGGGCAGCUCCAGACAGCUGCCACCCCAGAGGCCUUUUGGGGAGGAGCUGAGGAGGACUCAAUCUCACAGCUCUCUGUUAAGCCCCAAUUCAGAGGAGGCCUAUGGCCCAAGCCCUCUCAGCAUGCAGACCAGGGGCACGUACCGAUCCCAGUCUCCAGCCAGUGCCAAGAGCAGCAGCACGCUGGACAUUGCAGGCAGGAAAAGGACUGACCCCAGCAAGGAAUCCCAUGCAGCUUCUGGACGAAGGUUUGUAGGCAAGCAGCCAUCACCAGACCCAGAGUCCUCCAGGCCUCGGCAGCCAGCUGACCAAAGUGACAUCGACACGAAGCCCCUGUCCUCAGUGGAUUCCCUGAUCACAAAGUUCGACGGGAAGGUUCAGCAGAGGGGCCGAGCCGCCAGGAGAAGCCGGAUUUCCCCGGAGGAGAGGAAGCGGUCGCAGAGUCUCGACGGCAGGGUGUCCUACCACGACACGGCCGAUUCCAGAGAGCUGAGCGCUGCCCAGCUCCAAGAUCGCCACAGGGAAGGGCCGAAGGGCCUGGCCGCCAAACAGCCUGGUGUGGCCAAUGCGCCUCGCGCCGGCAGCCUGAACCGUGCGCUCCAGGAAGAUCUGAAGGAAAACUCAGUCAAGGCCCAGGUGCCGCGAGACUGGAUCCAUAAAAGCUUGGAGGAGCCUGUCGUUGAGCAGCAGCAAAGUCAAGUGCAAUCAGAACUGCAGCAGCUUAAGUCCACUCCAGACCUUCUGAAAGACCAGCAGGAAGUCUCUCCGCCUGGGAGCAGCGAGUCCACCAAGGAGCUGAUUUACAGUAUCCUGAAGGAUGGGAGCAAAGAAAGCGAAAGCUCGCUGAAGAGAAAAACCAACUUGAUGUUUGAGAAGAUCCAAGCGCUCGCUGUGGUGCCUCCUGAGGACGCAAGAGGAUCUGUUUCCCAGAACAGUGAGCUGAAAAGGAAGGUGGAGGAGCUGCAGCAGAAACUAGAUGAAGAGACCAAGUUCCGCCAGAAAGCGGAGCAGGCCAGGAGCGGUGCUGCUCGGAACCUGGAGAGCCGACUGGAGGAGGCGCAGGACGAGUGCAGGCGCCUCAAGGGGGCCUUGGAGAAGACAACCCAGGAGCUGAAAAGCCGCUUGCAAGAGCUGAAGGAAGUGGAAGUUGCCAGAGAGCAGGCAGAGGACAAACUGGGAGACGUGGAAGAGCAGCUAAUGGGGAUGCACGAGGAGCUGGACAGGCUGCGGAAAACCUCGGUGGACUCUGCAGACAGAGACGAGCUCAUGAAGGAGCUGCUGGAAACCAGAGAGGAGCUGGAGGAGGUCCUCAACGCCAAACAGAAGCAAGAAGAACAUCUGCGGCUGCGGGAGCGGGAGCUGACGGCGCUGAAAGGAGCCCUGAAGGAGGAGGUGGCAAAUCACGACAAGGAGCUGGACCGGGUGACGCAGCAGUACCAGCGCGACAUGGACCAGCUGAGGCGAAACAUGGAGGACGUGUCUCAGGACCAAGUCAGUUUAGAGAUCGAGAGGCAGAAAAUCAACUCGAUAGUGAGGAACCUCCAGAAGGAGCUGGAGGAGAGCAACGAGGAGACCAGCCACUGGAGGGAGAUGUUCCAGAAGAACAAGGAGGAGCUGCGCAGCAACAAGCAGGAGCUCAUGCAGGUGAAACAGGAGCGCGAGGAGUUUGAGGAGGAGCUGCGGGAGCUGCGGGAGCGGUUCUCGGCCAUGCGGGUGGAAGUGGACCAAGUGAGGAACAGCACUGUGGAUGCUGGCCAAGCAGAAGCCCUGAAGAAGGAGCUGCGUCAAGCCCAAGAGGAGCUGAGGGAGCUGGCUUCAGAGAAGCAGGCCCAGGACGAGCUGGUCCACCAGAGGGAGCGGGAGCUGGCCGCCCUGAAGGGGGCGCUCCAGGAAGAGGUGGCCAGCCGUGACACGGAGGUAGAACAGCUGAAGCAGCAGUUCCAGAAGAACUUGCAGCAGCUCAGGAAGGACUACGACGAAGCUGCCAAGGUGAAGGUGGCCGUGGAGAGCGAGAAGGAGGCCACGGAGCAGAUGAGGAAGGCUGUGGAGUCCGCUCUGCGGGAGACGCAGGAGGAGAACGACGACUUGAGGAGGAAGAUCCUGGGCCUGGAGAUGCAGGUCAAGGAGUACAGGCACUUCUCCGAGAACUGGGAGGGCUCGGAGGCCAGGCUCAGGGAGAAGAUCGCCAAGCUGGAGGCUGAUCGCAGACAGAUGGAGGAGUCCUUGGAGGAGGCUGUGGAGCAGGAGCAGGAGCUGCUGAUGGCCAAGAGGUCCCUGGAGAGCCGCCUGGAAGAAGCCCAGAGGAGUCUCAGCCGGCUGUCUCAGGAGCACCAGGUGCUGAGCACCUCGCACCAGGAGGAGAUGAAGCAGAAGGAGCAGCUGAGAAGGACCAAGAAUGAGCUGGAGGAGCAGAAGAGGCUGCUGGAUAAGACCACCGAGAAGCUGACCAGAGAGCUGGACCAGAUGGCCCAGGAGUCCCACAGCUCACUGGCCAUGCUGCAGUCGCAGCUGGAGGAGUACAAGGAGAAGUCACGGAAGGAGAUGGCAGAUUCCCAGAAGCAGGCCAAGGACCGCAGUGCAGAGAUGGAGAAGAUGCAGUUCACCACGAGCCGGCUGCAGGACGAGAUCACGCGGCUGAAGCAAGCACUGCAGGACAGCCAGGCCGAGCGGGAAAGCGCCAUGCUGGAUAAGGAGGUGCUGGCCCAGCGCCUGCAGAACCUGGAGCAGGAGGUGGAGUCCAAGAAACGCUCCCAGGACGAUCGCUCUCGGCAGGUCAAAGCGCUGGAGGAGAAAUCCAAGCGCCUCGAGGUGGAACUGGACGAGGAGAGGAACACGGUGGAACUGUUGACUGACCGGAUUAACCGCAGCAGAGACCAGAUUGACCAGCUGCGUGCGGAGCUGCUGCAGGAGCGCUCCAGCCGGCAGGACCUGGAGUGCGACAAGAUAUCCCUGGAGAGGCAGAACAAAGACUUGAAAAGCCGACUGGCCAGCUCGGAAGGCUUGCAGAAACCAAGCGCCAGUUUGUCUCAGCUGGAGUCGCGGAUCCAGGAACUGCAGGAUAAGCUGCAGGCAGAAGAGAGGGAGAAGAACAUCCUGGUGUCCUCGAACCGCAAACUGGAAAGGAAAGUGAAGGAGCUGACGAUCCAGAUCGACGAUGAAAGACAGCAUGUGAAUGACCAGAAGGACCAGCUGAGCCUCCGCGUCAAGGCACUCAAGCGCCAGAUGGACGAGGCCGAGGAGGAGAUCGAGCGCCUGGAAAGCGCCAGGAAGAAAGCGCAGCGGGAGCUGGAGGAGCAGCACGAACUCAACGAGCAGCUGCAGAAUCGCGUCAAGGCCCUGGAGAAGGAGGCCUGGCGCAAGGCCACCCGCUCGGCCGCAGAGGCCUCCUUGGAAGACGACCGCUUGAGCUCGGAUGAGGAGUUCGACAGCGCUUACGGCCCGUCCUCCAUCGCCUCACUGCUGACGGAGGGGAACCUGCAGACCAGCUCGUGCUAGCAGCGGCCUGCGCGGGUCGUUAACUGGCUCCUGGGGUGCCCCCUCUUUCCCAUGGUCAGAACUGCUUCGGGUUCCUUGAGAGGCUGGCGCAGGGCGUCAUUCCACGGGGGAGCAUCCCCGACCUACUGACGUUCCAGUCCCUUUAGCAGGAAAAACAGCAUCCUAGAGGCCAGCGAUCCUUGGAUUGGAGUCGGCUGACACAUGCGUCCGUUCCAAAAAGCAGCUAACUGGAGAGGAGCCGGCAGCAGAAGAACUGAGAACAAUGUUUAAGCAGGAAGGUUUUCUGCUUAAAUUGGGAGGGAGGAUGUGGGGGGGGGGAAUUGGGUGUUAAGCUCCCCAGAAAAUUCUGUUUAAUCUGUUUUUCUCUGUGAUUUCUCAGGGCAUUGCUUAAAUUCCAGAUGUUUCAUAUCUUAACCAAAUGUUUGUGUGUAUACGGGGGGGGGGUGUGGAAACAGAUGUGCAAUAAGGCAGGAUGAUGGUCUGUGGCUCAUAAACAAGAGGUGAACCUGUCUCUUUGGCCACAGCGGGAGUUGGCUUUUCCCUGCCAGAAGGGGAAGCGUGGUAGGUUAGUCGCCAACCAGAGUCUAGGAGACGGCCCCGGGCGUGUGUCUGCUCUGAGAGUCUCUCUAAUGUCUAUAGACGCCCUCGUGGAGUCCUGGGUCUAAAAUCCGGCGGCUGCUUUUUCCAGGACUUGUGCAGCUGUCGUUUCUUCAUGCCACGUUAAAGAGAAAUUCCCAGCCAGCCCAUCGAUCCGUGUGGCCUACGUGCUGCUCUGCCCUUCUCUUCGCUCUUUGUGAGCACGUUGCUGCGCCGAAAGACGGAUCUGCCUUCGGAACGGCAGAGGAUGGGGAGCGGGAGCCUCAGCCUUGCGAAACUCUACAGGGCUAGUGUGCUUGGGCAAGGGACUCUGCUGCCACUUUUUUGGUCCUUUCCGUUGGCCCUGCUCUGGAGGAGGCCAAGGAUCGGGGUGUAGGACAGGAAGAGUUUUGAGAUCGCCCAGAUUGACCAGGAUCCCAAGGGUUCGUGGCCUGUGUGAGAGGAACUGGGGGUCUCGGUCCAGUCCCCAGCUGCCAGUGACAUUACACUAAUCCCCUGUGCAGCUGGCCCAGGAGGAAGAAGUAACCCUGGUUUUGGAAUAGCUGAGACUUGGAUCUGACACGAUAUCACUUUGUUGUUGAGACAGAUGAGCACGAGAGCUUGCCCCCACCUCCGUCUGAGCUGAGCGAUCAAUCGCGAAAUGAGGCAGGAGCCCGGGGGUCCAUCCAGGGCCGGGCUGCCUGGCUGUCCUGCUGUCCACACUGUGCUGUCCUGCAUAAAGGGACAUCCAGCCUCCAGGGCUGUCUCCGCUACAGAGUUAACAGGAAACACCUGGGGUCUGCCCACUGGGGGCCCCUCCUAUCUUGCACCUCUCCAGCAAUUUCUCGCUUCUGUUUUUUGGCAGUAAACCAGCCGGGGAAAGGCAAACCCCUGCGUUUGGAAGCACAUGUGCUGCGGAUGUUGAUGGAAAAGCAAGGGCUGUACCGGCCUUGAUGGGACGGGCAGCCGCAUUCUCUCACCUGAGCUCCGUGUCCCCAAACGCUGCUCCUGCUUCACUCACCGAGUUGCAGUCCUGGUCAGUGGAGUGUGACCAGGGCUGUAAUGCACCCGGGCAGUUGAGAGGGGAAAGAACAAUACUGAGCUAGCGCUGCUUGAGACCUGCGUAUCCUUGAAACGGGAACCUGCCUGUCAGCUCCCACUGAGCCUCGUUUUGUAGCUGAAUUUGCACCUGUUCAUAAAGUGCCGCUUUAUAGAUUGGGAAUAUAUGGGGCUGGGGAGGAUCCACUAAGUGUGUGACCUCCCCGCCUGCUUCUGCUGCGGGUUGAGCUGCUAACACCUCAGUCUCCCUCUGUUACUUUUUUAAACUUCACCAGCUCAGAGGUUUCAGAGCAACCUGCAGGUCAGGCCUUGACCGUCGUGCCUUAAUGGGGAAUGUCCAGUGCGGGAAAUUUAGUCCAGUGAAUUUCUGCUUGGAAGGGAACUGGGGGUAGAACCUUUUAAACAUGCCUCUGUUUUAAAGUAACCUACCUGGUUUAACACGCACCUGCCCCCCACCCAAGGCGGCGAGACACAGGAGCAGAGGUGGGGAGGCGAUAAACCCACCUUGGUGCUUGGUCAGAGCUCAAGGGCUAACAAAAAUCCCCAAUGCUCAAAUAUAGCCAUUGCCUUGUCUGGCAUGAUUUCAGCUUCCACUAGUGUUGGCAGCAGAAGGGUGCGAACAGGGGCCCCGUCUCUGGACCCUGCUGUGCUUGGCGUGCUGCCCUAGAGCAGAUCUCUGUAGCCACGCAGAGGAGGCGACGCUUUGGAUGUUUGUUUUUUAUCCUGAUGCUCGGUUCGAAUGUCUGCAGCUACGGGCCAGGCAGUUAGCAAAACGCCAUGGGAACAGCAAGUCCUCUGAGUUCUCAUCUGCUCCAUGGCAGCGUGCUGGUGUCACAGCACAGAGAGCCACUCCCAGACGCUUGCUGGGACCAUUUAAGUAGCAGCCCCUAAUUGGGAACUCCCCAAGCGGCUGCUCUAGUUGUUAUAAAAGGUCUUUGGCUCUAGCGUUUCCAGGCCAAGCCCCCCAAAAAACAUAGAUAAAUUCUGCAGGAUGCAUCUCGGGUCAUCGACAAGCCAGUGCUGUCACCUUCUCCUGGGACACUGGUUCAGGGACACCUUGACAAUCUCUCGACCUACCCCAACCAGCUCCAGCUCUGCACCAUGAGGAAUUUGCUCAGGGAGCCAAGUUUUUUUUUUUUUUUUUUCUUUUUUCGUUUCGAGGCUGCCGCCACUGAGGAAGAGCGGGUGGUGACAUAAGAAUCAGGGCUACAUCGUCAGCUUACCAGGGGAGUAAUUCCAUUGCCGUGGAUGGAAGACUGCGAAUCUGCCCCAGCUUUCAAACAGCUGGAUUUUCAGCUGAUCUUGGUGGCUUGCGUCUCUCUCUCUCUCUGUGGGUUUUAAUUGGGACUCUUCACACUAGGCACUUAAUUACUGAAACAAAGAUGCCUUGUUAAAACACCCACAGACGGGUGGGGGGGAAUCUCUUUCCCCCUCCCACCCCAAACACACACACCCAAAAAAGCCCUGGAUGGGUGUGGCUGUAGCUGGAUGACAGCCUGAACCUGCGAUGCUCUGUGACUGUAGGAAUGUGCCCAUUGCAAAGGCUUUGCUGGAGCGACGGUUUCACUAACUGGGUUGCAGUCUGCCCCUUUUGAGGGCUGUCCUGUUUCACUCUCCAUCUGAAAGGGCCCAUGUGGGUUUCGUUGCAGGCAGCCUCUGCCUUCUGCGCCUGGCUUUGCUUCUCCUCCAAACCCGCCUGAUCUGUAGGAGCUGCAGGGAGGGAACUAGCCAAGAGCAUUUCUCGAGAGCUGGCCAGCCUCUGGAUCCCAGGGAGGUCUUCCGGGACAGCAGACGCCUCAUCGGGGCUCUGUUGAUGGGUGCAGAGACCCACCCCCUGCACUGUUACAGGCAAGCUGCUCUGCGAAGCAGCAGCUUCAAAGGGGAGGCUGUAGGGGUGGAAUGAGGAGAUGGAAUUUAAGGUUCCCUUCCCCCACCAGCUGUCAAAGUAACGGGACAUGGGACUCCCCAGAAACGGCCACUGAUGAGCUGUGUGGCUCAUGGAGCAAGAAGAGGGUCCUCCCAGCAGAGAUGUGGGGUGGUUGUUUUGUUUUUUUUUUUUUAAGAUCUAACAUGCCUCCUUCAGGAGCCUGAUGGGAGCCAGCCCUGCUUCAGAGCCGCUAAGGGACCUACGGACGUUUGUUACAGACCCCAGCGGUGGGAGUGGGCAUGGCUGGUUGGAGUGACGUUGGGCUGGGACCAGCUCAGGGCUGGAAUUUCCCCUCUCCCUCGGCUGUAAAUGCAGAACAACCGCCCUGAAGUCAGUGACGCUUCUCCCAGGGCUGUACUAGGGUAACGGGGCCCAUUGAUGUUCAGCAGGAGCGAGAGCCAAGGAGCUGCAGAAUUGUAUGGUCCGAUUGUCACCCCACAACGUGCGUGGGGAUCCUGCAGCAGCAGGGGCACCGUCUCCCCCUCUUCUAGCUGGGCCUUACCUUCCCGCUGGCUCUGUGGCUCUAUACACCAAGAGGAUAUUACGCUGCCAGGCUGUACGAUGGAGACGUAGGCUACCUGCAUGUCCCCCAAGAAAGACGCAGGGAUCAGCCUGGCUUAUGGUGGUCUCCACAGGCCGUUCUGCAGGGGCUGGGCCAGAGAGGGGGAAGGGGAAUCCUUGCUGAGAUCUCCUGCGAGGAUAACUUGCUUUUUUAAAUAAAACCCGAUGUAAUAGGAAUUUGAGACCGGGGAGGGGAGGAUUGAUUCAAGUCCAAUGUUAAGAGCGUUCACUGCAGAGUGGCUUUCAUGUCCCUAUGGAGUCUGAGGGCUUGUAUAGCAGUAUACGAGAGAGAUGAUCUGAUUUAUUCUGUAACCGUGUUCCUCUUACAUGUGCCCUUCAACUUGUAUUUUAAAAUUAAAAGUUUAUACGCGCUGAAGCUAAUCUGAUU